CUUGUGUCUGGGUGUGUCUCACAGGGCCAGCUGGUGACUGGAUCCACACAGCUGAGGACAGCAGGGACACAUCCAAACGGGCUGCAGGAAGAUUCCUGGCGUGCACACCUGGAGAGAAAAAAAAAACCUGUCAAGUCAGAUGGCUGGAGCUGGGUACUCUCAAGAGAGCAAGGAAGUGGUACGUCGCAUUGUCGAAGAACUCACUGAUUUUCUCACAGAAUCGCUCAUCAAAACAGAUCUGAGGAGCCUGAUAACUGAAGAUGGAGCCUGGAAAGGAUUUGUGGAAGGAGCAGGGUUGUCAAGUGAGGAGGCAGCUGCACUGCGUGAUGCUCUGGAGAAGCAUUUAGCACAGGAGCCCACAGAUGAAAAUAACAGAAUUCAAAGGGAGCAGCAGAAACGUCGGUUUUUGCGUGAGUUUCCUCAGUUGAAAAGGAAACUUGAGGACCACAUCAGGAAGCUCCGAGACCUGGCUGACCAUCUUGACCAGGUGCACAAGGGCUGCACCAUCUCCAAUGUGGUGUCCAGCUCUGUUAGUGCUACCUCUGGAGUCUUGAGCCUCAUUGGGUUGGCUUUGGCACCCAUUACAGCAGGGACCAGUCUGGUAAUCCCAGCAACCUCUGGGGUUCUGGGAGUGAUAGGAGCUGUGACUAGUCUUACAACCACCAUUGUGGAAGAAUUAAGCAGACUGUCAGAUGAAUCUGAAGCCAGUCGCCUGGUUGGAGCCAGCAUGAACAUACUUAAUGAGAUUCUAAAGAUCACGCCUAAGAUCUCAAUCAAGCUCUAUAAUAAAGGAGUGGAAUUAGUUGGUGCCUUCAGAACCCUCAAGGAUGAGAUCCGAGCCAUCAGAACAGCCAGAUCCCUCUCUUUCACUGAAGAGGCCAGGUACCUCACCUCCCCUGGAAGAAGGUCUGUGCAGGAUCUUCUCCCAAUGACCAGGGAAGCCAGGAUUAGUUCAGGAGGAUUUACAAGUUUAUUCCUUGCUUGGGAUGUGUAUGACCUUGUGAAUGAAUCAAAGGAUCUGUAUAAUGGGGCAAAAACAGAGUCAGCUAAAGCACUGCGGGACCUGGCUCACAAGCUGGAGGAGAAGCUGCAGGUAUUUGAGAAGAUCUACAAGGAUCUGAAGUGAGACCCGCCUCAGUGACCCCUCCUCCAAGCAGUUCAGAGUUCAGGAGAGAUGACGUGUACAGUGAUGGGGACAGCAGAGGCAUACUGUAACAAAGGAAACUGAGGUCAAAUUCAUGGAAAAGAUUGUUGAGGAGUUUGAAUGUCUCUGACUGAGUAGAGGGAGGUCAAUGCAGAUGUCCAGAGAACCCAGAAGAGGAAGAAACUGGAGUCUAAAAUGGGAUCAGACUUCCAUCAGAGUGGGGAAUCUGCAUAGCAAUCGGCAUCCAUCACGCUCAUAACACCCUGCUGUAUCUUAACAUCUUUGCCAUCUCCUCAUGGUCUUGUGAUUGGUUUGCUUGGUUUGCUAAAGGCGUAGCUAUCUGAGAAAUGAUGUUGUUUUAGUGGGUUUGCUUUGUUGUACUUCUCUUUUCAUAGAUUUUUUUUAAUGGGUUGGAGAGCAUUUCAAAUUACCAAAUCAGAAAGUAAUUUUAUAGUUUUUUAAAAUUCAUUAUGGCUUCAUCAUGUUGUUGAACUGGAAUUUCUAGAUAGUCCAGAAACUUGUAAUGGUAUUCCUAUGUAUUGGGAUUUAUGUGCCUGUACCACAGUACUGAUAUAUUAUUGACUGUAGUAUUCAUUGCAUAUAUUAAACAAUAUCUGUGGGUGUUAACAAGUGUCUGGAGUGCAAUACAUUUGAAAUAAUAUACUAUGCUACCUUUCAGAUUGGCUUUUACCUUAUAAUAUACAUGUGAGAAAUAAAAAAAAUUAAAAAGGGGGGAUCAGAAAGCCCUAGAGUGUGUAAAUGGGAGGGUAACAUGGUGGGUGUGGUCAGGGAGGGCUGGACAGGCAGGCAAUGAGAAGUCAGGAAGCUUUGGGAGCAGAAAGUGGGAGAGCAACAGAGUGAGAGUCAAGGCGGAUCCCAUAAGACAUCAAACAGUGUAUGGAAUGGAGAUGAAGCCAGCACUUUAGUGACAGGAGACUGGGCACAUGCCUCUCAGCUCCUUCUCAGUCUGUGGAUGGUUGCUGGCCAAGGUGGAGUCUCAGAUCAAUGGGCUCUUGGCCUCUUAUGUUCUAUAGGCUUGUGUCUAGUAAAUGGUAACUGGCUGGCCUUGAAAAAUGGAGUAAAAGCAGUCAUUUGCAACCUCUGGACCACGGUUUUAGCUGAGUCCUGAGCACUUAGGUGGCAACCAUUUGCCUGUCUUUCUUGUGUUGUCACAGAACAUGCUGAACAGUUUUCUAUCAGAUCUUCUUAAUGUACAAGUGGGAUGGGCCCUGCUUCUGUCCCCGAACUUAGCGAUAGAGGCAUUGGAAUGCGCUAAUCCCUGCCAUCCUGACUGUUCAGGGGUCUAUGAAUGUUCCAGGAUAUUCCUCACUUUGAAAAAAGGAAUCAGUCACGGUCGGCCUGUGGCUCCACAGACUUUUUCAUGGUCCUACAUUUCACUGUGCUUUUCUCUGCCAAGCUGACAUCAGGAUGAUGAAAGAAGAGAAAAUCAAGAGUAAGAAAAUACUUUAAAAUAUAGCAACAAAUAUCUCUACAAGAAACUAUGGUCACUAGUGUCUUGUUUCUUAAUUCUCCAUCUUGGCUUCCUCUUGGCUCAAUCUCUGAUAGCCAAUACCCCAUUCCUCAGCCAUUCUUCCCAUUUGCAAAAUCAGAUACUGAUUUGAAAAAUGAGGAAAGAUUUAUGUUUUAGGGGAUGAUUGUAAAAAUCCAAUCAAAUAGUGAAAUAAAUGUGUUGCAAACUGUA